GGCUUCCACAAACACGAGCCGGACGAUGAAGUUCAUCAAACUUGCUCACAAAUUGACCUUCAUGUGACAGCAGACUGGUUGUCACACUCACACCACUUGGGAUUUAAUCAGACUUGAGGGGGCGUUUCUGUUGACAUCAAAUGUUUAGACGAAUUGGUGGGGACAUUCUCACAAGACACAUUCUUAUUAGGGAGACUCCCACACGUCUUCUUAUCGAGUUGAGAACAACAGUGUCAAAGUCGACUGUUCGAUCUUAUACCAGCCAUUUCAGUAGACGCUCAGUUGAAUUUCAGGAGCCGCAGGGAACUCUGACUUCUCCUUGUUUUGGAAACUCGUUCAGGACAAUGACCACCUUUCCAAAAUGGGGAAGGUUGCCAACCCCCGUGAGUCAUUCGGCCAAAUUGGACAGCUCUGAUUAUGACAGCGUGGUUGUUGUAGCGUCAGAUAUUAACGAUGUCAAAAAGCUCUCUGAACCACUGUUCUCGGUUCUGCAAAAACUUGCUUCCGUCGACAGUGCUUUAGAUAGCAAUGGUGCAGUUACGUAUGUUGAUUUACCAGCAAAACGGAUGGUUUAUGCUCCAACGGGAAAGGUCGACCGUGAUUACGAUGAUGUUAGGCGCUUUGGAGAAGCUGCGGAGAAAGGAAUCAAGCGAGCCGUGUCUUCCGGGUCUUAUAAACCAUUGCUUGUCGUCCUGCCAUGCCCAAAGUUCAAGAACGCUACUUUGGUCUCCAUUCUUGGAGCUUUCCAAGGACUCUAUGUUCCGCUACAAUAUCGCGAAGCCGUGCCUGAGAAGGCGACAAAGUGUAAUGAGCUUGGCAUCUAUGGAACGGACUCUGACCGAACCAAUAAGCUAAUCGCUUUGGCUUGUGCACUGGAAAGUGGACGAUUUAUUGCUCGUGAUAUUGGUGGUGGUGAUCCAGAGCGAAUGGCACCUCCUCGGGUGGCCGAAUACGUCCAAAAAGCAUUCCAAGGUUCAGCUGUGACUGUUGAGAUUGUUUCCGAUCGCAAAGUGUUCGAAAAGGAAUAUCCACUGUUUGCUGCCGUGGACCGAGCGGCUCAUGUUGUUGAGCGUCAUCGAGGUCAACUGAUCUUCUUGAAAUAUGAAGGAGAAGGACCGAUAACGAAGACCAUUAUGCCCGUCGGGAAAGGAAUCACCUACGAUACUGGUGGUGCUGAUAUCAAAGCGGGAGGAGUUAUGGCAGGAAUGAGCCGCGACAAAUGUGGUUCAGCUGCUGUGGCUGGAUUCUUCCAGGUGUUGGCAAGUCUCCGUCCAAAAGGAAUUAAAGCCAUCGGAAUUAUGGCCGUUGCAAGAAACAGUGUUGGGGAGGACUGUUAUGUUUCUGAUGAAGUGAUCACUUCGCGCUCAGGAUUGCGUAUUAGGAUUGGAAAUACGGAUGCAGAGGGCCGAAUGGUCAUGGCGGACCCACUGUGCAAGAUGCGAGAGAUGGCAGUGCAUGAGAUAAAUCCACAUUUGAUGACGAUUGCGACCCUCACUGGGCACGCUUGUCUUGCUGUUGGAAAUUACACAGCCAUAAUGGAUAAUGGACCCUCCGGACAAGCAGACUUUGCUAGAAAAAUCCAGGCAGCUGGACUUGAGCUUGGUGAUUGCAUCGAAAUCAGCACCCUCCGUCGCGAUGAUUAUGAUUUUAUUCGAGUUGGUGUUGCUGACGGAGAAGACAUCUUGCAGUGCAACAAUGCUCCGAGUAGUCGUACCCCAAGAGGUCACCAAUUUCCUGGAGCUUUCUUGGCCGAGACCAGUGGUAUAUCGAAACAUGGACUUUCCAGCGACAAGCCAAUCAAAUAUUCACAUAUCGACAUUGCUGGUGCCGCUGGAGACCUGCCAAAUAAUCCGACCGGCGCACCCAUUCUUGCUUUGGCUAGCUACUUCCUCGAAGAUUAUGUCAAGGUCUAAUGCAGCAAAUGCAAUUGCUCAUUCAUGAAUUUUUUUGAUGUUUUGGAAAUGGUUUGGUUUUGGAUGAUAGCUUAAUAAAUCUGGUUAAUAGCUAAUUAAAAUGAAAAUGA